AUGGCAAAAAUAUCCAGCCAUACAGAGGCUGAACGGUGCAUCGAGUCUCUGAUUGCUGUUUUCCAAAAACAUACUGGAAGGGACGGUAACAACAGCAAACUCUUCAAGGCCAAGUUCCUUAUCUUCAUGAAUACAGAGCUGGGUGCCUUCACAAAGAACCAGAAGGACCCUGGUGGCCUUGACCGCAUGAUGAAGAAGCUGGACCUCGACUCUGAUGGACAGCUAGAUUUCCAAGAAUUUCUUAAUCUUAUUGGCAGCCUGGUCCUAGCUUGUCAUGACUCCUUUAUUAAGUGUACCUCUUCCCAGAGGUAAAUCGGUGGAGCCUUUGGGCCUGGCCUCCAGCUCCACUCCCUUUCCUUCAGCCUCCCAAUUAUCAUCUACCCCUCACAGCCCACACAUACCC